AAGAAAGAGAUUCUCAUGUAGGGGAAUGUUUAUCUGUUUAUGCAGGUCAGAGUUUGUUUCUUCCUUAAUCUUGAUUUUGUAUGGUUGAUUGCAGGUCAGUUGGACUGCUUUAAUCGUCGGACCUGGUCUUACUAUGGGACUCGGGACUGGUCUUGCAUUCUUACAGACAGCAAACUUGAUUGUAAAUACUGUGAAAACUGGACCUCCAUCGUUGGAAACUGGAGCAACGCACCUGAGCUGAUUGAUAGAUACGAAUUGGAGGACAACCAUUGCCGAGUAGCGGGAAACUGGACAGCACCAUGGUGUUACGUAAUAAACAGAAAUGGAGAAGUAACACCAGGUUUUUGCCAGAUACAACCAUGUGCAGUCCACGCUGGCUGCAUUAAUGGUACUGGUGAAGAUUACCGUGGCUAUGGAAAACACACCGAGUCGGGCUAUCUUUGUUUGAAUUGGGACACCGUGACAGACACCACUUUCUAUCCUCGAUCAGGGUUGGAUAAGAAUUUUUGCCGCAACCCAGACGGACGGGAUAGGCCAUGGUGUUAUUACCAGAGUCCAGAGAGCAGCGAAAUCCUGUCAGAUUUCUGUCAGAUAGACGAGUGUACAACUGACGCGCUCUCAAACUUUCACCAGACGAUCUUCACGCGUUUCAUAUCUUACGAUGAUCGCGUCAUAGAAGACGCCAAUAUGACGUCAGAGGAGUGCGCCCUCCAGUGCCUCCAUGAGGAAUCGUUCUCGUGUCUUUCUUUCAAGUUUCGGGAUGUGCAUACUUACAACGACCGGAAAUGUACCUUAUCAUCCCAGAGCGUAUACACUCUAGACCUAGCCAGAAAUUUGACCAACCCUGACCUUUAUUCGCUGGAUAAUGACAUGUUCACGCGAAUAGAUAAAAUAUGUGAUGCUUUCAAACCAGAUUACGUGCAGCUUAAAGCCGAUUGUCCGUUGCCUCUAGAUACCUUGCUGAAUAAUGGAAGAAUUAAUGCAAGCUUCUCUGCAUCCAGUUAUAUGGACGGUUACGAACCAGAUCAAACCGGUCUCGAAAGCACCAAAUCCUGGAUUCCCAUUACUAACACGGCCGGAGAAUGGUGGCAGGUGUGUUACAGCGAGCGCGUCCGCAUCACUGGUCUCGUUACCCGUGGCAACAAGAAGAUGGUGGAUGGAGAGGGAUGCUGGGUUAACUCAUUUAAAGUGGACUACAGCUUAGACGGGGAGUAUUGGUGGAAUCUUGUCAAUUAUGAAAUAGACGCAAGUCAUUUUUCAUUAUUUCAGUUUCAUAUAAAAAAAAAAGUCAUUAAAUGGGACUGGCAGAAGGAUUUGAAGAGAUGGACACUUUCUAGCAAUCAAGCUAUUCGCUUAAGCAUUUUUCAUUGUCAAUUCGCUGUCAUGACGUUGUUGGCAAAGGAGAAAAAAUAA